GAGCGUGUAAACAUCUGAUGCACUGCAACAUUCAACCUUCAAAACUAGAUAUGAAGAACCUUUUCAAAGGAAGAAACAAGGUUCAGAGGAACGAGAGCAGGACUCCUUUAAUGAAGGAAAACAACAACAACGUGGAAGAUGGAUAUAACCAGGCAGAUGACACCUUGGCUCGGUACACCUCGAACACCCAGAGGGAGCAGGAGUUCACAUAUCAGGAACUCGCUGAGUUUCUGAGUGUGGACCUCCCCGACACCUUUGAGGAUGGCUGCUGGUGCAAAGUUCAGCCUGGACAGCACAACCUGAACCUGAACAUCAUCCGCCUCAUACAGAAAUCUGUGCUCAAGCAUUUUCCAAAGCCACCGUCACAUCUGGACGAGAACCUUCCCCAGCACCUGCUGCAUGUGCAGGGCACCGUGCUGCAUGAGCUUAUGAGGCUGGGUCCCCAGUUGAAGCGUAUGGGGUGGAUGGGAUAUCUGAUUGAUUGCUACCAUCAUCAGACAUUUGAGCACCUGCAUAUUCUGCUGCAGAACGCCACCACCGCCAAGAACACCUUUGUGCUGAUGAAUUGGGUCCAACGUGUCUACCUGAGUAAAGAGCUGCUCGGUCAUCCUGACCUUCAAGAAAUUGAUCCCACUGGAAAAGUCGAUGUAAUGUUCUUCAAGGAAUGGGACGCAAAAGCAAAGGACAAGCUGCUUGAGAAUGUGCAGAAAUCUGUCGAAGGGUCCCUGAAGAUCAUUCUGCAGAAUGAGAUGGCCCAAGAUCAAUGUGAUUGUGAGGAAACUUACAUUGGACUCUCUUUGGACAUUAUUCAGUGCAUUGAUGCCAUGCACAAUGAAGCGAAGAAGAUCUCUUCAGAACUGCCUGAUAGUGUGAAGGAGGUUUGUUUCCAAGAGCUGCUGAUGUUUCUGAAGAGGUACGUCGCUGAGCAGACUGAGGCUCUGGGGGAAAAAGCAAAAAUGGACAAACCAGAAACAAUACAUUUCCUCAGGACUUUGAAAACUUGUAAAGAACUCAAGCAGUACGUCCAGACUGAGGGCGCAGGGAUCAAAACUUCCCUUCUGAAUGACAUGGUGAGACUGCUUGAAAACAUGGAGGCCUCUACUUUUAAUCUUCUGAUUGACAUUGUAACCGACAUCGCAGAGAGCCACCUGAAAAAGUAUUUCAAAUCCCAUAACAAGCGGUUCCUCCUGUGUGCUGCUGUACAGAAGAAUUUCCCCAAGCUGCAGUAUGGUUUGGAUGAACAAAAGAGAGUGAUGGACGAGGCUUACAAGCUCAUCGUUCGUAUUUACAUCAAACAUCUUGUCCGAAGCAGCCAGAGCAAACUGAAGAAGCGCUGGAGUCCUAAUGUUGGACAAACGGUCAUUGAAGAUGCUGAGCUUCUUCACAGCAUCAUGUCAGACCUGGCUCCUGGUGUCCAACAGUGGAACCUCACGCUGCUGAAAAUAGCAGAAAUAUUGGAGUGCAACAGCGUCGACACACUGAAGAUAGAAUGUGCAGCCAUGCAGAAUCACUGUCUCACCAUGAGCGAGGAUAUGGAGCUCCUGCCCGCCGUGCUGCGAUGGAAGGGUGUUUCUAAUUGGAAGCUCAACGAGGUGCUGUACGCCCUUCCUCCUGACCUUCAACCCAGACCUGAUCCUGACCGUCAACCCAGUCGUACCAGAUCCUGGUUCUGCUGUUUUAACUGACUUGGCUUCUGGUGACGACUGAGGCGCUCCACAGAGGAUCAACCGAAACAAGCUUGAGAGAUUAAGAUUGUGCACACAGUUGCCUAUCCAUGAGAGUGUCUCUGAUUUUGUUUCAAGUGUUGCUGUAGUUUCAGGAAAGGUAAACAUGGUUUUUGAUCUUGUUUGCCAAAAUUUCCUCAUUUUUUUUUUAUUUAUGUAAAUAGAAAUCAUCAUAUACUGUAUUUGAGAUUUUGCAUAAUCGCAAUUUCUUCCUCAUUCAUUCUCGCUUUGUAAUGCACAGAAAGUUUACUAAGUUACAGGUCAGAAAAAACUGAAUGAAGAAAAGUAUAUAGAAGUUGUUAAAGUUGUUUACAUGUUUAAGUUUUUUUUAUUUUUUAUCUUUAGGUGGGAUCUUGGUUGUGGGAAAAUUUACAUGACGUUUCUGAAUGUUUGAACACCGUUUACAGUAAAUUUAGAUUUUGUGGAAAAGGCCAAUAGUGAUGAUUCAGCUGAACUUCAAUGUUACGUGGUUUGGAAAAGGAAAGUCAUUUGUCGAGCUGAGUAGUGAAAAGAGCAAACGAACAAACUAUUUAAAAGAGAUUGUUAAUUUAACUUAUUUGUUACGUUUCUUUUUUUGAGCCAAAACCCUCAAAUGCAUUUUUUCCUUUUGUUUCAUUUUACGUUACAUGUGUUCAUUUAUUGUAGGUACAAAAAUUGAAAGUUAAAGAAUGUCAACAUAGAGGUAGUGAUUUAAUUGCACUUUUUCAUUAAGAGCUUCCACAAGAAGAGUAAUCAUGUUCUCAUAUUAUUAUAUAAUAUUAUUUAUUAUGUUUUGAUUAUUUAUUUAUAUGAAUGUACAAUUUUUGUAUUUACAUAACUGACAAGAAUUCACUAGGCUUCAAUCAGUCAUUAAAAUCUAAUUUUACUGUUAAAAAAAAACAAUUCUUAGGAAACUCUUCUGAAUUACACUUGAGCUGUUCUUUUAAAACUUUAUUUUUUUAUAAGAUUUACUGUAUAAUUUACUAUUGUACUGUAAUUCUUUUGAAAUUCUGAGCAGAUAUCUGCUUCAAAAUCAGAUGAAGAGCUGUGUUUACUUUUGAAUACAUAGUGUCCCUUUUGUAUGAGGUGUACUGUGCUGGUUUAUGGGUUUGAAUUUGUUAACCUGUGAUGAGAAGGGCUGUGAAAAUGUGCC